AUCAUGACUCUUGAGGAAGUUCUGAUCCAGAAGCCCACCGAGCGUGCUCAGUGCACCGGUAAAGCCCUGGAGGAGGUCCUGGUGACCGCUAAAGACAACGACUCCAUCACCGUCGGUGUCUACGAGUGCGCAAAAGUUAUGAAUCUUGAUCCGGACAGCGUGUCUUUCUGCGUCCUGGCCGUGGAUGAGGAGUAUGAGUGUGACAUCGCUCUCCAGAUCCACUUCACCCUCAUCCAGUCCUUCUGCUUCGACAACGACAUCAGCAUCGUCAGAGUGAGCGACGUGCAGCGUCUGGCUGAGAUAGUUGGAGACAAGGCGGAGCAGCUUGAAGAUGCUCACUGCGUCCUCAUCACGAACCCAGCUGAAGGGUCUUGGGAGGAUCCCACUCUGGAGAAGCUGCACCUGUUCUGUGAGGAGAGCCGGCGUCUGAACGACUGGGUUCCUGAGAUCAGCCUGCCCGGCCGUUGA